AUGCGUGGGAAAUACUUAUACGAAGAACGGGAUACGUUACUUCACACCCUUCGUACUUGUCCAAAUGUACGAGUGAUUUAUUUUAAUGGCUGGGAUGGACUCGGGACAAAGGCAUUCCUACGAUCUAUAGCACAGAAAGUUCUCGAAGAUCUGGAGGCUCCUUCUGAACAAAUAUGGUUUGACAGAAUAGUUUACUUGGAUUGCUCAGCAUGGAAUGGUAGAAGAGCCAUGCAGAGAACCAUUGCAGAGGAGAUAAAACUUGACAACAAAACGAUGGCAAUGUUUGAUGAGCAAGAUGAGGAGGAUGAUUUCAAUGGAGUAGACCAAGGCUCUAGGGAUGUGAUACGAGUUGUUGCUACAGAGAUUUAUGAAAACCUAAAGGAUAGCAAAUUCUUGAUACUUUUUCUUAACGGUAGCGAUGAGGAGAUUGAUGUGUCCAGCAUGGGUAUUCCUCCAUUCUCGGAAUUCCGUAACCACGCAAUGAUAUGGGCAUUUAGCAGAGGGUCGUCACUGACAUUAAACUCUAGGGCCAGCAUGUCUAAGAGAGCAGGCAAGCUUAGAUACACACACAAGUUCUAUGAUUGCUAUUCAGGACUCUGGCAAGUGUAUGAUCAUGUGCUAGAUUGCGUGGCUGCUGCCAUAGCAGCUGGUUACUCAUCUAUGCGAAGCAUGGACACAUCAAAUACAAUGGUCAAGGACUGCUGUCUGUAUGAACUAUGCCUACAGUACAAUUUUCAUAGAACCACCAAAUUUGAUUGGGUUGCUCAUGCUUCAAACUAUUGGAUAUGCGAUGAAAUCAUCAAAGGGGACACUGCAAAGGAGAUCAGUGCCGCAUUGGGCCGUGAGAUAAUAACAUGGGAGUGUGAUGAUGCAGUGCUUGAUGAUGUAUUUCCGAGGGUCAUGUUGUCAGCAAGAUCUCCAUAUAUUUUUGCAUCACCUCCUUUCUUUGUGUCCCAGUGCCUACGGUUCCUCGGAUUGGAUCAUUGCUCAGAUGAUACAACAGGUAGUCAUAGAAGUGAGGAUUGGGCGACUAUAUGUGGCCUAUAUGUGUUGGACCUACGUUACACAGUCUGGAAUGAGAUACUUUCUCAAGAGAAGAUGGAGCUCAUGAUUAACCUGAGGGAGCUACAUGUAGAAGGAGCCAGAUGCUGGCCGGACAACACUCACUUGCAGGGGAGGUUACUUAACCUUGAGAAGCUCAGAAUUACCAGGUCACAAAGUGAGACAUUAGCAGACAUUAGCACAUCCUUUAUGGACAAGACAAAGUUGGAAAUACUGGACCUGUCUGGCAGUCUUUGGGUGAAUGUUCUGCCAACUAGCCUAUCAAAGGCUUGUAGCCUUCAAGUGCUUCUUCUUGAUGGUUGUGAAGAACUGGAAACUGUUGUUAUCCCUGAUGGGCUUCCUUCCUCACUCAGAUCCUUCAGCUUUGACAGCUAUGGACCAGUAUCCAAGCAUUGGAUACCAUGCCCUGACUUGCCCCCCGACAAUUUGCGUCCUUCUUCUUCAGAUGAUGACCGGCAGCAGCAAGCAGCCAAAACCUCCAAGAUCUCCAUGGAAGGCUGCACUUCAUUAGAAAAUUUGUUCGUGCGGGGGCUUCCAAACCUUGUGGAACUGGACCUCUCUGGAACUGCAAUCAAGAUGCUCAACUUUGAAACCAUGGUGGUGCAGGUCCCAGGGCUGAAGCGACUGUUUCUACUAGGUUGUGAGCAUCUUCGUGGAAUAACAUGGGACAAGGACCGUUUUAACUUAGAGUUGCUGUGCAUUGAUACACGAACUGGGAUCCGAGGUCGUACUCUGCAGCCAUCCCUUGGCCAUGGCAAGAAGAAAUCCUGCUUUCUACUGCAUGCUGUUCUAGUUGAUGCAAGGCUCGUUCGGUCCCUUCACUUCCCAAUACUUCACCAUAAGAACCGAUCGACAGGAAGCGGUGGCAACGACUUCCAAUUUAGCAUCCAUUUUACCUCUUCAUCCAUGAACAGUGGUAGUAGUGCUAGUUCACAACAAUUUGAAGGAACCUGCAGUUGCAAGGAGAAGCAGAUGGAAGAACUCAGUCCUGGUGAACACAUGAGGCUUGGUCAUCAGGUCCCAGCAGCAAUCCCAUACCCGGAUGUCCCUGAUCUGGGUGGAGACGUCCCAAUGCAAGAUUUCCCACAGCCUUUUCCUCCGGCAUCCGCAGCGGAUCGCUACAUUGAGGUCGUUCAAGGGAGCCACAACCUGGAGGGCGAACUAAGGUACAUGGCUGGUAGAGAAAUUAUGGUGUUCCAUGCUGAGUUCCUGCAUGUCCAUGAUGCCUCCAUCGCUAGUAGUUUCCCUGGAGGUUACAGCGUUAGGUGGUGCCGUGUAGAACGGUGCCCUAACAUGGAAGCGGUAUUCUCUGUGGAUUCAGAUGGUUUCAGCCAAUUGGAGACUUUCUGGGCAUCGGAUCUGCUCAGGGCCCGCUGCAUCUGGAGCCAGAGUCCUGUUCCUAGCUGGAUGGGUAAAAGUGAUUUCCGUUCCUUCGAUAAUCUUCGGCACUUGCACCUGCGCUCCUGCCCUAGGCUGGAGUUUGUGCUAUACGCUGAUGGAACCUACUCCUUUCCGAGCUUGGAGACCCUCCACAUCAUCCACUGCGGCGAGCUGAGGCAUGUCUUCGUACUGAAGACGACAUAUGGGUAUAGAAGGGACAUAGCCUACCGCGGCGUGACGUUCCCGAAGCUGACCACCAUCCGCCUGCAUGACUUGCCACUGCUGCUGCAGAUAUGUGUGGUCAAGAUGCUGACACCCAAGCUGCGUAGAGUCAAGAUCAGCGGUUGCUGGGGCAUGCGCCGGCUGUCAACGGUCGUCGACGUCGUCGCCACCGGCGAUGACCAAGCAAGCUGCAGCAAGCCGACUGUGGAGAUUGAGGAGGAGGUGUGGGAAGCGCUAGAGUGGGACGGGGCUGAUGCUGGCCACCACCACUCCCUCUUUGAGAUGCGCCACUCUCGCUACUACAAGAAGAAAACUGUCAGGGGUGCCCUCCUGAGGUAA